ACGAAAGAGAUCUAUGAAGAACGCUUGACAGCGAAAGUACUGUCGGAUUUCUGUUGUAUAAAAGGAGCCUUUUUCUGGCCUUCUCUUCAAAUAUUGGAGUAGAAAAUGUUAUUCUUGAGCGGUGUAAUUUCUUUGGGUUUGACCCUACUUCUUGCAUCAGCUCAACAAAGGCGAUGUCCCUCGAAUGAAGUUUGGUCGUAUCCUGUCGAUGGCUGCAAUACAUGCAUACUAGUACCUUUUGUGAAAUAAGACAAGAAUUUGGCUGUAACUGCAGAAGCGGAUACACAAGAGAGAUCUUAUUUGGAGGCUGCAUUAGGAGGGUCCUUUGUCCACUGGCUCCUGCGACUGUUUCAACAAUAAUACCGACGACUUCUACAAUGGUGCCAACUACCACUACCAUGGAACCAACUACCACUACCAUGCAAUCUACUACCACUACCAUGCAAUCUACUACCGCUACCAUGGAACCAACUACCACUACCAUGCAAUCUACUACCACUACCAUGGAACCAACUAUCACUACCAUGCAAUCUACUACCACUACCAUGGAACCAACUACCACUACCAUGGAGCCAACUACCACUACCAUGGAACCAACUACAACUACCAUGGAGUCAACUACCACUACCAUGGAGCCAACUACCACUACCAUGGAGCCAACUACCACUACCAUGGAGCCAACUACCCCUACCAUGGAACCAACUACCACUACAAUGGAGCCAACUACCACUACCAUGGAACCAACUACCACUACCAUGGAGCCAACUACCACUACCAUGGAGCCAACUACCACUACAAUGGGAUCCAACUCCACAGCAACAUAAUCAAAGCACUAAGAUCAAAACUAAAGAAUAUGAAUAGAUAAUUUUCAAAUGGAAAAAGCUGGAUAAUUUUAAUAGUGAAACAGAUAAUAAUGGCAAACUACGAUAUUUUUUAUAAAUCUUUAAGA